AGAAAUAUUUGUUAUACUAUGAAAGGUGGCCGGAAGGAAGUGUUAGAAAGAUCCGGAACCAUUGGAAGGCUCUUAUUUUAUUUCUCCUCAGCUUCGCCACUUUACAUCUCCUCUCACCGUUGUUAGAGGUAUCCUCCUCUUAACCAAAUUUAGCUUAUUCGAAAGAGAAAAAAAAAGAAGAACAAUCUACGAAACAUAAAGAAAAGGAAAGGGAAAGAAAGAAAGAAAAAAAACACCAAGGGAAACCUAAAAAGUUUCUCCGUUUUUAGGAGAUUGUUGUCAUUGAUGUUUGUUGUUUCCUUUUCCUCCUGCUUGGGUUUACGCAUGAAAGGAAUUGAACCCCACAUUCCCACUCUGCCUUUUCGUUGGGUUUUUCUGGCAUUGGAACAUGCAUCAUUUUGUUGAAAGAAGUUUCCUGUUUUUUCUUGGUACCCUUGUUUCUUUUGUCCAUUCCAAGACAGAUUCCCCAGAUGUUUCUGCCCUUAAUGUGAUGUUUAAAAGUCUAAAUAGUCCAGCCCAAUUGAGUGGUUGGAAGGAUAGUGGUGGUGAUCCAUGUGGUGAUGGCUGGAAAGGGAUCAAAUGUUCAGGCUCAUCUGUAACUGAAAUAAAUUUAAGCGACCAAAAACUCAGUGGACAAUUGGGGUACCAGUUAUCGAGCUUGUCUUCAGUAAAGAUCUUUGAUUUGAGCAAAAACAAUCUCAAUGGUGAUAUUCCAUAUCAACUACCUCCCAAUGCUCAACGCAUAGACCUUUCUGAAAACAAUUUUAAUGGUAACGUGCCUUACUCGAUAUCUCAGAUGACCAACCUUGAAGACAUAAAUCUUAGCCACAAUCAACUCAAGGGUCAGUUGAGCGAUAUGUUUGGCAAAGUCCAAAAACUUAAAUCAUUUGAUGUAUCCAACAAUCAACUGUCUGACAAGCUUCCAAAUUCAUUUGCAAAUCUUACAAAUUUAAACACUUUGCAUCUACAGAACAACCAAUUCACUGGAUCAAUAAAUGUCCUUACUGACCUUCCCCUCAAUGAUCUGAAUGUUGAGAAUAACGAAUUUACUGGAUGGAUUCCUAAUGAGUUGAAGGGGAUUGACAAUCUAAAAACCGGAGGAAAUUCUUGGUCAACUGGGCCAGCUCCUCCUCCACCCCCUGGUGUACAACACCGUCGCCGUCCCGCUACAGAAGAGAAGAAAAGUGAAGGUCCAAAGAAAUCUCUUCAGAAUGGAUUAAUUAUAGCUUUUUCAUCUUUAGGUGGACUUGCUCUUCUCCUUCUCCUUCUCCUUAUGUUUGCAUUUACAAGGAGAAGAAGGUCACCUCCCCCAUCCUCGCUUUUCCUCGAUGAUGAUAAGAUGAGUGGGCGUAAAGGUUUUACUCCCCUUCAUUCACAAGAGUUAGGCGCUGAAUCAUAUGUUGGCAUUUUGAAAGAACCCAAAGAUUUUAAGUCAAUGGAUCCAGGUAAUGGAGAUAUUAAGUCUUUGCUAAAAUCUCCAUCAAUGGGCCUUAGACGUUCGGUUUCAGGUCGUGUGUCCUUCAGUGAAAAUGAGUUUGCAAACCGUCUGAAAGGAAGAAGAAGCACUUCUGUUCAAGCUAUACCUUAUUCUUUGGCAGAUUUGCAGAAAAGUACUGAUAAUUUUGCACCAGGUCGACUUCUGGGUGAGGGCACCAUUGGUCGCGUUUAUAGGGCAAAAUAUCCAGAUGGAAAGGUUUUAGCAGUGAAAAAGAUAGAUUCCUCACAUUUUCAAGGCCAGAAGCCUGAGGAAUUCUCAAAACUUGUUACAAACAUCUCUAAGCUUCACCAUCCUAACAUUGCUGAACUUGUUGGCUAUUGUUCAGAACAAGGGCAUAACAUGCUAAUACAUGACUAUUUCAGGAAUGGCUCACUUCAUGAGUUCCUACAUUUAUCAGAUGACUUCAGCAAACCCCUAACUUGGAAUACCAGAGUUAGAAUAGCUUUAGGUGUAGCCAGGGCUAUUGAGUAUCUCCAUGACGUUUGUUCUCCAUCUAUGGUUCAUAAGAACAUCAAGUCAUCCAAUAUUUUGCUUGAUCUUGAACUCAAUCCUCAUCUAUCUGACUACGGCAUGGCAAGCUUUCAUCUGCGUACAAGCCAGAACCUCGGGAUGGGAUACAAUGCUCCAGAAUGUGCACAACCAUCAGCAUAUACACUAAAGAGUGAUGUUUACAGUUUCGGGGUGGUAAUGUUAGAACUAUUGACUGGUCGGAUGCCUUUGGAUGAUCAAAGACCAAGAUCAGAACAGUGCUUAGUGAAAUGGGCCAGACCUCAGCUUCAUGACAAUGAUGCACUGGCAGGAAUGGUUGAUCCUGCCUUGAGGGGCCUCUAUCCUCCCAAAUCACUCCCUCCAUUUGCUGAUAUUGUUGCCCUCUGUAUACAGUUGGAUCCUAAUCUUAGAUCUUCAAUAGCUGAGGUGGUACAGGCAUUGGUACGAUUAGUUCAACAAUCAACCAUAAACAUGAGAGAAGAUCUUUCAGCUUCUUGCCGGACAAACGACUCUGAAUAUUAAUAUGUUUGACUCUUGCCAUUAUUAUUUUUUAUUAUUCUUUUUGUUUUUGGUUCCAUAGAUUAUUGUCAUUCUACUGUAUAAAUUUCUAGCACAUUUAAGUUGAGAAGAGCCUUUUUUUUUUUUUUUUUAAUUUAAAUGUUUCCAUGAUGUACCUGCUUGUAAAAUAACAUAGAAUCUUUAGGAUUUCUAUUUUCUUUGAUAAUAAUUUCUUCCAUUAUCAGAGAUAAAGUUUUUGGAAAUAAAUUAGGGUUGAAUAUUUUGAAA